AUGGAAGAGCUAUCACCGAGUAUUCAAAAGAGGAGUUUACAUUUGCCACCGGAGCUGUGGCUUCAAAUCCUCCCCGAUCUCUCCCCACGCGACCUCAAGGCUCUCCAUCCGAAUUUCCCUUAUCGCCAACUUAUCCACCCCUUUCUAUUCCGCAGAAUCAAAUUAUCAGCAGAUUCGCUAGCAGCUUUCGAAGAGGGCGGCUAUCUCUCCCAUUUACGAAGAAAUGUCAAACACAUCACAUUCACCGGGCUCAACGAACGUCGACUCCUCCAAACCCUCGUCCUCGCGGAUCUUUACACGGAAGUUCUAGAAAGCUUCACAGGCGUAGAAAGCUUACAUAUCCCCUUCGGUGCUACUCAUCACAUCCGAGAACCAUUAUUCAUUGCUAUCCUGGACCGAAUUUCUCUAUAUCCCAUGUACGACACCCUCAAAGUCUUAUCCGUAGAAUGCGAAGAAAACCAGUAUAAAUACGACUCGGACGAACGACGCAGGUUAGAGGCAUACCUUGAGGAACAUAAAGACGACGAAGAUGGGUUUCUAUUCCCGUUAAAAAAACAAUGGGAUUGGUCCCAUAGGGACGUUUCGACGACUAUCGAAUUCCCUCCUGCACUGGAAGAAGCUUCUAUACGGAAAGAAUCCUACUUUUAUCUGGAAGAUAACUCAUCGGUUUAUACAAAUCCAUUCAUGAUCUUUCAGUUCUCCUCCGCUACUCUUCGAAAACUCAAGAUAUCAACGGAAAGACUCCACUGCGGUGUCAAAUUCGACGAAAGUUUCGGAAGCGGUCGGCAAAGGGAAUACGACAACCUUGAGAAGAUUUGUUAUCCGAACGUAACGGAGUUAUGGAUUACAAUCGACUAUACCGUCAGUAAUCGAAACUUUUGGUACCUUAAUCAGCGAUUUCCACAUGUCGAGGAUUUGAGAAUCGAUGGGCUAGCAGGAUACGGCAGCAGUAUACCGCAAGGGAAAGCUAUCUACAAAAGACUCGCAAGACUUCAAUACUUAAAAAGAGUUAGACUCCCUUGGCCGGCGGAAGAAUACCAUGGAAUGGAAGAAAACGGGGAGGAUAAACUCGUUCCGCAGCGGAGACUAAGAAACGCUGUCGACACCUGGAUAAACGCCGGACUCGAGGACUUGGAAGAGGUCAUGUUCAUCAGCAGAAUCCGGUAUACCGAAAAGGGCAAGAACAGCCCAACAUAUAAAGAUGCCAAUGUUCUACACUUCAAAGUCAUGAAAAAUUGGGAUGAAUGGGAUCUGAAAUGGAGGGAAGCCACGUAUACCCCUGAGGAAAUGCAGGCUGAUGAUUGGUGUAUGGAUGCACGCCAGAACGACAAGUGGAACACAGGGCAAAUGCCCGACGAAGAGGAGGAAGCGGAUUAUGAUGAAGGAGCAGACUCAGAAGUUGAAUGGAGGUAUGAUACUCCUUAUUGGAGGCAUAGGCUUCGGGGAUAUCCUGAUUCAGACGGAGCUAGCCUUACAUCACAGAAUGCAUAA